AUGGCGACUCUUACUGAGGUCUGGUCGAGGACUCUCGCCCCGAAUGAUCUCUUGUUCAAGUCGACCCCAAUCAAGGUCAAAGAAGAGGAGACUUCAACCGUUGACCUAGAGGAUAUUCCUCUGCCGCCUCCUUCAAAAAGACCGACGGAGGUGCUGAGCAUAGACAAGAAUACCCCGGAUAAUCAUGUGCCUCGCGAUCCUCGGCUUCUUAGAUUGACGGGUGUGCAUCCGUUCAAUGUCGAGCCUCCUCUUACGGAUCUUUACAAAGAAGGGUUUCUCACCUCACCGGAACUCUUCUAUGUCAGAAACCAUGGCCCGGUCCCUUUCGUGAAGGACGAAGAUAUCCUCAGCUGGGAAAUUAGCAUUGAAGGGCUGGUCGAAAAACCAUUAGUCUUGAGCUUCCGUCAAGUUCUGCAGCACUAUGACCAAAUAACAGCACCGAUCACCCUCGUUUGUGCCGGCAAUAGGCGAAAAGAGCAGAACACUGUACGAAAAUCAAAAGGCUUCUCAUGGGGUUCGGCCGCAUUGUCAACGGCCCUCUUCACGGGUCCCUUGAUGUCUGAUAUUCUCCGAAGUGCCAAACCACUGCGCAAAGCCAAAUAUGUCUGCAUGGAGGGGGCAGACAAAUUGCCCAACGGACACUAUGGGACAUCUGUCAAGCUGAACUGGGCCAUGGACCCUAACAGGGGAAUCAUGCUUGCUCAUAAGAUGAAUGGAGAAUCUCUUCGACCUGACCAUGGUCGCCCACUGAGAGCUGUUGUCCCGGGCCAAAUUGGUGGUCGGAGCGUCAAGUGGUUGAAAAAAUUGAUCUUGACUGAUGAACCAAGCGAUAACUGGUAUCAUAUAAAUGAUAACCGUGUCCUGCCAACCAUGGUAUCUCCCGAAAUGGCAUCGAGCGACCCAAAGUGGUGGCGUGAUGACCGUUACGCUAUAUAUGACCUCAACGUCAAUUCGUCCGUUGUUUAUCCGGAAAACAACGAAGAAUUAAACAUCGCAUCAGCUGGACCCUCAUAUACCGUGAAAGGCUAUGCGUAUGCCGGGGGUGGUAGAAGAGUCACUAGGGUGGAAGUUUCGGUGGAUAAGGGCAAGAAUUGGCGCUUGGCAGAGAUCCAUUACGCAGAGGACAAAUACCGUGAUUUCGAAGGAGACCUCUUUGGUGGAAAAGUGGAUAUGUCCUGGCGAGAGUCAUGUUUUUGUUGGUGUUUCUGGUCUCUGAGCAUCGCCAUUCCCGAGCUCGAAAAUAGCGAUGCUAUAAUCGUGAGGGCAAUGGACGAAGCGUUGAGUAUCCAACCGCGCGACAUGUACUGGUCUGUCCUGGGGAUGAUGAACAACCCUUGGUUUCGGGUCACGAUCACCAAAGAGAACGGGGUCUUGAAAUUCGAACACCCAACACACCCUACCAUGCCUGGUGGAUGGAUGGAGCGUGUUAAGAAGUCCGGAGGCAAUCUGCUCAACGGGAAUUGGGGCGAGAUACAAGAGGGAGAACAACCAAUUGCCCCUGAACCUGUGAAGGAAAUCAACAUGAAGAAGGAAGGGUUGAAGCGAGAGAUCAACCUGGAAGAGUUCAAGAGUCAGUCAAGUGAACAAAAGCCAUGGUUUAUCGUUAAUGGCGAGGUUUACGAUGGCACGGCAUUCCUCGAAGGUCAUCCUGGAGGAGCGCAGAGUAUUAUCUCCUCUGCCGGCCUUGAUGUCUCCGAGGACUUUCUUGCAAUCCACAGCGAGACAGCGAAGGCAAUGAUGCCGGAUUAUCACAUCGGAACAAUGGACAAAGCAUCUCUGGACGUACUCAAGAACGACGUCUCAUCAAGUCCGGACGAAAUACGCGCAGAGUUUCUCCAGUCAAGGUCAUGGACCAAGGCAACACUUUCGAAAAAGACCGACAUAUCAUGGGACACUCGCAUUUUCACAUUCGACCUUGAACAUGGCAAGCAAACACUAGGCUUGCCAAUCGGCCAACAUCUUAUGCUUAAAGUUUCAGAUGCAGCAUCUGAAAGCGGAGCCAUAAUUCGAUCCUACACCCCGAUGUCAGAAACCGGCAAAGAAGGGUCGAUGGACUUGCUAGUCAAGAUAUACUUCGCAAGUCCUACUAUUCCAGGCGGCAAAAUGACUACCGCCCUAGACAAGCUCUCCCUAGGCUCGGUGGUCGAGUGCAAAGGGCCAACAGGAAGAUUCGAGUACCUCGGAAACGGCCGAGUUCUCAUCAGCGGCAAAGAACGACAUGUUAACUCCUUCGUCAUGAUCUGCGGCGGAACCGGGAUCACGCCAAUCUUCCAAGUUCUGCGUGCCGUCAUGCAGGAUCAGCAGGAUCGCACCUCGUGUGUUGUUCUGAACGGGAACAGACAGGAAGAAGACAUUCUUUGCAAGACUGAGCUUGACGCACUGGAAGCGUCCGACAGCAGUAAAUGCAAGGUGAUACACACUCUGAGCAAAGCUCCAGACUCUUGGACGGGCCGACGAGGACGUAUCUCAGCAGAUAUUCUCAAGGAGUAUGCAGGUUCUGAUGACCAGAGCAUGGUUCUUGUUUGUGGACCAGAGGCCAUGGAGAAGUCUGCGCGGGAAAUCCUCCUGACGCAAGGAUGGGCAGAACAGAAUCUCCAUUUCUUUUAG